UUCGAUCGGCACCGGGAGCGGAGAGAGAAGCAGCAGAGAGCCGCAGGCAGCAGCCCCCACCACCAGCCGGCCCAGGUUACCAUCUAGCACCGGGAAAACACAGCAGAGAGCCGCCGCCGGCAGCACCAGACACCAGACCAACCAGGAGGAACCAUGAGCAGCGAGGCCGAGACGCAACCACCGCCCGACGUCGCUGCCGACGCGGAGAGCCCAUCCAGCCCGGCAGCCGAAGCUACCGCGGGGGACAAGAAGGUCAUCGCAACAAAAGUCUUGGGUACAGUCAAAUGGUUCAACGUCAGGAAUGGAUAUGGUUUCAUCAAUAGGAAUGAUACAAAAGAGGAUGUUUUUGUACACCAGACAGCCAUCAAAAAGAACAACCCGAGGAAAUACCUUCGCAGUGUUGGAGACGGAGAAACUGUGGAGUUUGACGUAGUUGAGGGAGAAAAGGGAGCAGAGGCGGCAAAUGUCACCGGCCCAGGAGGCAUUGCAGUCCAGGGAAGUAAGUACGCUGCUGACAGGAACCGCUACAGGCGCUAUCCACGGAGAAGGGGUCCUCCCCGCGCUGGAGAAUAUCCAGAUAACUACCAGAGUGAUGGAGAGGGCGACGCGCCCAGCAGCGGAGGUCGUGACAAAGGCAGCCGAGAUGGGGGAGAGAGCGCCCCUGAAGGAGACACGCAGCCACAGCAGCGCAGGCCCGCUUACCCUGGCAGACGGCGCUACCCGCCAUACUUUGUACGUAGACGUUACGGCCGCCGGCCCCCGUACACCAACGCACCACGUGGGGAGAUGACUGAGGGCGGCGAGGGUGACGAGGGCGGUCAGGGAGGUCCCGACCAGGGCAACAAACCAGCGAGGCAGAGCUACUACAGAGGCUUCCGACCAAGGUUCAUUCCAAGGGGUCCACCCCGUCCCAGACCGGUGCGGGACGGUGAGGAGGACAAGGAGAAUCAGGGCGGCGAAGAUGGUCAGAACCAACAGCCCCGCCAGCGGCGCUAUCGUCGCAACUUCAACUACCGCCGCAGACGCCCACAGACUGGUGGCAAACCCGGCCAGGAGACCAAGGAGGCCAAGACAGGAGGCGAACCAUCUGCAGAGAAAACGUCCGCUCCCGAGGCCCAGCAGGGUGGGGCUGAGUAGGAAACAACCUGCCCACCGGCACCUACCAUCUUUUACCAUCGUCCGGUUUUUUGUCAACAACAAGAUGAAACAUCAAACAAGAUCUGAGCAAUAAAGAUUUGACUUGACGAUCGUCACAAGCUUGCACCAUGCAUUUGACCAGAUUACCACCGAUUGCCUGCAGAAUCUAUGCAGACUUGUUUUUUUUCCAUUAUUUUUAUGUGACAGCUACAAAAACGUUUUGGGGAAACAGCAAUGUUUUUCUAAUCUGUCCUAAGUUUUUACACCAAAUGGUUUUUAAAGAAAAAAUGGAAAUUUGAUAUCUGGUCAGUUUGACAUUUUUAAAUAACUUUUUAUGUAUUCAAACAUUUUAACAAAAUGCAAGCUCAAAUAAAAGUCCAGAAACCAGGAA